ACUUCCGCUCGACCGUUGCAGUCUACACUCAACCGAGCAAUGAGCAAUUGAUUCUGAACAUGAAAGGUUUGUGUUGUUCCGCAAGGUAGUCUUUCGAAACUUCCAACCUACAAAUUUAACAUAUAAGGAGAACGCAAGCAACAAGAAGAAGAAACCUCCAAAGCAAUCGUGCAAGGAUGAAUAUUAUAAAGAACAACCAAGCUAAGUUGAACGUUGCCACCGGAGUCCUAGGCUGUUUCAUCGUCCCUCAAAAUGGAGUCGUUAAUGGAACCAUGCACUAUGGCACUGGAAACUCCACGCCUAUAGCCUUAGCGUCUUCGCUGUCAACCCACAACGACUCAAUGAGUUCUGUCACCGAAACCCAAAGGCGACCCAAGGACCUCCAGGUUAACACGGCAAACGGACAUGCCAGAAAGAGCCACUGUGAGGUGGACGAAGGCUCUGAGCCGUGCACGCCGGAGCCACACUCGGAAGCAGAACUCGAUGUCUCCCAGGCCGGGGACGAGGUGCUGGAUACCGAUACCAAGGAACUUAUUUUUCAGUUCUACAGAGACUUUACAACUCAUUCUCCGUCGAAAUGGGGCGAACGCAAAGCGCUUACGACGAUGAAAAGAGUCGUGGACGACGUUUUGGAGAAACACAGAUAUGCAUACAAUGGUAUGAUCAACAAACUUUCAUUAGAAAACAGACAGGGUGAUUUGACUUUCAUCAGCUCUGUUGCCAAAAGCCUGUUUGGAGAUGGUACCACAAACUGGGGUCGGAUCACCAGCCUGGUGGCCUUUGGGGCAGUUGUGUGUCAGCACCUAAAGGAGUGUGGUCAAGAGAACUCAACAGAGCUAGUAGGAAGAGAGAUCUCCUCGUACCUGCUGUCUUACCAGAGAGAUUGGCUAUUGAAAAACAACUCUUGGGAUGGCUUUGUAGAGUUCUUCAGAGUAGAAGACCCAGAGGCAACCAUGAGGAACACCCUCCUUGGUCUUUUUGGAGUUGCUGGACUCGGGGCAACACUGGCCCUGUUGAUCAGGUGAAUUUGGACACUUUUGAGGCUAGUUGACAAAUGCUGGAUGCUUCUUCUCCUCAUACCAGUUGUCCCUUGUGUUAUGGACAUGAAGAUGGAAAUGAAAGCUUAAACGACUUGAGCUUUAGCAGGAUGAUCACACCAGUGGUGACCUAAUUUGGCUACCUUCUACACACCCUCAAAAAGAGAACUUUCUUUUCAGCAAUCAACCAUCAACCAAUUAGGUUUUAUUCUAACUUACAAAGAUUUUAUUUUUGUAAUGGAUGUAAAAUUAUUCUAUGCAAACAUAAUUGGUAAUGGGAUUUUCAGUUUUUUUUUUUUUUUUUCUUUCUUUUUUUUUUGGCAACCUUUUUUUUUCCACUUGAUUCUCUGUGAUGUUUACAUGUUCCAGAUAAACAUUUCCUUGGCAGUGGGUGUUAGCCUCGGUCUAAACAGAAAGGAAAGAGCCUCAUUUUUCCAUGUCGUGCAGCCAUGACGCCUAUUUCCAUAGAGCGCUUUCAUAGCCCCUGGAUCAUUUGUUUGGAGGCUUGGAGCACGGAUGUAGCUCUGUUUCCUUGUUGGGAAAAUGUUGGAUAUGCACUAGGAGACAAAAGCAACCACAUGCUGGACUGUGGCUGUUGAACAGCCUGGAACAUUUGAGUCUGUUUGAAAGAAGCAAACAAAGACUGUGAAGUGUUAAGACUGCAGAUUGGGCUGUCGGACUGCACCAAAGCUGACAGAAAGCAGUCAGUGAUUAUUAGUUCAGAUCCAGAUGUAAGCUAACAUAUCUGUAUAGAUUGAUUCAAUAAAAAACAGAACGAUUGUAAACUUGACUUAAAUUUCUAAUACUCCUUUUAAGGAUUUCUUUUUCUUCACAGAAGAGAUCUGAUCUUCUGUCCUCUGUACUGCUUUUGUUGUAUUGAAACAAAAACCUUUGCACUAAACCUUUCUCACAUUUC